AUGUCUUUCGUGAAGAUGAGCAUGUUCCAUUGGCACAUCGUGGACAGUCAGAGCUUCCCGCUCGUGGUCGACGCCUUCCCGGAACUUGCGCAGACCGGCGCGUACUCGUCCAAGAAAGUGUACACGCCACAGGACGUGCAAGACGUCGUUUCUUACGCUGCUCAGCUCGGUAUCGAUGUUCUGAUGGAAGUCGACAUGCCCGGGCACACCGACAUCAUCAGCCUGGCGCACCCCGACUGGAUCGCCUGCAACCAGGCCUCGCCGUGGUUGGACUUCGCAGCCGAACCACCCGCGGGCCAGCUGCGCUUUUCGUCGAAAGACGUUGUUGACUUCGCUUCCUCCCUCGUCAAGGCCGUCGCCGGCAAUCUGUCUUCGUCGUACUUCAGCACCGGCGGCGACGAGAUCAAUGCCAAGUGCUACGAGGCCGACCAGCAGUUCCAACAGGGGCUCAACUCUACGGGAGCUACGUUCGAUUCUGCCUUUGAUUCUUUCAUACAAGAGGUCCACGGUUCUUUGGCUGAAGUCAACAAGACGCCUGUGGUCUGGGAAGAGAUGGUCCUCGAGCAGAACGUCACGCUCUCGAACGAUACGCUCGUCAUCGUGUGGGUCUCGUCCGAAAACGCGGCGAAGGUCGCAGAGAAGAAUUUCAAGAUUGUGCACGGGCCGUCAGACUACUUUUACCUCGACUGUGGCAUCAGCGAGUGGAUUGGAAACACUCCCGAUUCCAAUAGCUGGUGCGACCCGUACAAGUCGUGGCAGCACGCAUAUACCUUCGAUCCUCUCGCCAACCUCACCGACACGCAGGCGAGCCUGGUCAUGGGUGGCCAGCAACUGCUUUGGACCGAGCAAAUCGGCCCGGAAAGCCUCGACUCGACCAUCUGGCCGCGUGCAGCAACCUCAGCGGAGACCUUCUGGACUGCAACGCAACCCAACGGCAGCGCGCUCGAUGUCAACACCGCGCUCCCUCGCCUGCACGAGCUGCGCUACCGACUACUGGAGAAGGGCGUGGGUGCGAGGGCUAUUCAACCCGAGUGGUGUGCGCUUCGCCCCUUCGCUUGCAACAUGGAGGCUUGA